AUGGAAUCGGGAGCCUUGCAACAAACCAAUUCUGCCGUAAUAAAAAAGAGACCCCACAUAAGAGUUCCCAGUAUGAAUUUAGCAGGAUUGAUAAGUUUAGGAAGGCGAAUGAAGACCAUGAAGAGAGAAGCCUUCAGAAGGAAGUAUGGAAAUCUACUCAGUCUAAUGGAGGUGGACGUACCGUCACUCGCUAUCACUACGUUGUCUCAAUAUUAUGAUUCUCCAUUGAGGUGCUUUACGUUUCAAGACUUCCAGUUAGCACCAACCGUAGAAGAAUUCGAGCACAUCUUAGGCUCACCAUUGGAAGGUACAACUCCGUACCAGCACCUAGAGCACCAUGCUUCCACUACUACUAUUGCGACUAUCAUGAAGUUGACCCCGAGAGAGUUAGAAGACAGAUUGGUAGCCAGAAACCAUGUGAGAGGACUCCCUCUAGAAUAUUUGGAGCAAUACCUUCAUCAUUUGGCUGACAACGAAGAAUGGGAAACCUUCAUGGACGUGUUGGCCCUUACUUUAUACGGCAUCAUGUUGUUUCCUAAGAUUGAGGAUUUUGUCGAUUACGGAGCGAUAGAUGCCUUCAUAGCAAAGAAGACUAGAGCGGAGAAUCCUGUCACUGCAAUCCUUGCUGAUGUUUAUGGGACNAUGAGUUUCUGCCAUGAAAGGAAAGGACAGAAGAUCAUCUGUUGUUUGCCGGCUUUGUAUCAAUGGUUGACUUCUCGUCUCAAUGAAGGGAAGAUAAAGUGGCGUCCUUCUUGGCUUAGGGGCAGGGGUUUCAUCCAUUAUUGUGGUAAUUUCCCCAACAUUCCACUCAUUGGANCUCGGUACUGUAUCAAUUACAAUCCUACCUUGGUUCAAAGACAGUUUGGGCAUCCAAUGAAAGGGGCACCAUCAUCCGAUUAUCUCACUCCACUUUUCAUUUAUUACGAAGAUGGAGGUUUUACUGAAAAGCUAAGGGAGAUCAGAAGAGCCUGGGGAAACGUCAUGCGGUUCGAAGCAGAUGAAAGGACAGGGGUGAUAAACCAAGAAGUCAGUUAUCACAAUUGGAUCACGCAAAGGGUAAACAACAUUAANUUGCCAUUCAAAUCCAUCACANGUCAGCUAGCAGAUGAAAGAAAAUUUCUAAAUNCGGAGUCUUAUAAAGUGAAACAAUUGGAGAGAGAAAUAGAAGAAGCGAAAAAUCAGAAUGCCAAGUUAAUAAAGGAGCUACGAAAUGCUCGCAACGAUGUUGUAGAUUUGAGGGCGGAAAAAGAAGAAAUGACGCGGGCAUAUGAGGAGGUUCUCAGGAAACAAAGCAUCGAAAGAGGCUCCGAAUAA